AUGGGAUCAAAAUAUUUAUAAAAAUAUCCAGUGUCUGAAGGUUUCCACUAAAUUUUACAUGAUUUUGCCAGAGAAAUUAACCAGAAAAUAUUAUAAAAUAUGGAGUUGAUUAUUUUGAAUGCAUGGUUUAAGAAAAGGAAUUUAAAUUUGAAAGCAAAUACAACAUUGCUAAAGGAAGCAACAGGCGAAGUGCAGUAGGUAAUUAAAUUAAUAGAAUAACAUAAACAGUAUGAGUAUACACAAAUCCACCUAACCUUCAAAUGUGACUGGAAUAGCAAAAAAUAUAUAGUAGAAAAAGACCUGAAUAUAAAAAUGGGUAAAAACUAGGAUCUGGAAACGGAAACAAUGUUCUUAUAUCAGUACUUUAGGAAGUUAGCCAAAAGAGAAAAUAGCAGCAUAAGAAAAUGUCAAUGAUUUUUUAUGUAAGAUUGCAAACGAUAUUGACAAAUUUGAAAAUAAAAAUUAGAUGAUGAGAAUCUGAAUGAUAUUGAGGAGGAAUCACCAAAGUUAACCAGCUUUGAUGUUAAAGACAUGCUAAAUAUUAUUAAAAUUUAAGCAGUAUCUAUCUGAAAAAUAGUUUGUAGAAAAGGAAUAAGAAAAAUAGUAAAAAAAUUAGAAGUAAUUUUGUUAAGAGAAGGAAGAAUGAUGAAAUUUAAAUAAAAUCAUAAUAAAUAAUUAAAUAGAUUUUUUAUUAU